AGAACCUCUCAGCCCCGUCUGUCUUCGCCUCAGUCUCCUCUUUCCUCUCCCAGGCGAGAGGACCAGCGGAGGCACCUCUCCGGAGUCUUAGGCUGCAGAGUCUAAGACUUAGAGAGAGGGGCCCCGGAGGAGACGGACUUUGCCACUCUUUUUCCCAUCCCUUCUUUCUGCCCAGAGAGGCAAGCAGAGGCGCGGAGCUUUAGAAAGUUGAGUGGUCAGGAAGGUAGGUGCUUCCCUUUUUCCCCUCGAGUCGAGGUGGGGCUGGGACCACUGGACCCAGCUUCUUCCCUCGCGAGGAGCACCUUUGUCGGCUCUAGCGGCCGAUGCGCUUCGGAGCUGCUCUCUGCAGAGCCAGAGGGUGGGUCGGAUUCGCCGAGUGUGCGUGAGGAUGGAUCGUAGAUCCCGACUUCAGCCAGGGCGCCGAGCUCGCCACAAUUACAACGAUCUGUGCCCACCCAUAGGCCGCCGGGCAGCCACCGCGCUCCUCUGGCUCUCCUGCUCCAUCGCGCUCCUCCGCGCCCUUGCCACCUCCAGCACCCGCGCCCAGCAGCGCGCGGCUGCCCAGCGCCGGAGCUUCCUAAACGCCCACCACCGCUCUCCCGCCCAGGUAUUUCCCGAGCCCCCUGAAUCUGACCACGAGGACAUAGACCUCGAGCCCUCCCUCCCCGAGUGCCCAGAGUACCAGGAAGAAGAGUUCGACUACGAAUCCGAGACCGAGUCCGAGUCUGAAAUCGAGUCCGAGACCGAAUUCGAGACCGAGUCUGACACCGCCCCCACCACUGAGCCGGAGACCGAGCCCGAGGACGAGCGGGGCCCCGUGGUGCCCAGGCGCCCCACCUUCCACCAAUCUCUCACCGAGCGCCUCAGCGCCCUGAGGCUGCGGAGCCCCGACGCCUCCCCGGCUCGUGCGCCGCCCAGCACUCAGGAGUCUGAGAGCCCCCGACAAGGGGAGGAGCCCAAGGACAAGGAUCCGAGGGACCCCGAAGAGUCUGAGGAGCCAAAGGAGGAGGAGAAGCAGCAGCAGCGCCGCUGCAAGCCGAAGAAGCCCACCCGCCGCAACCCAUCCCCCGAGUCCCCUUCCAAAAGGGGGCCCAUCCCCAUCCGGCGUCACUAAUGGAAGACGCGCCCCGGAUUCUCCUUGUGUUCUUUGACCCAGGUGCUGGAGAAUCUGGUAAAAGCACCAUUGUGAAGCAAAUGAGGAUCCUGCAUGUUAAUGGGUUUAAUGGAGAGGGCGGCGAAGAGGACCCGCAGGCUGCAAGGAGCAACAGCGAUGGUGAGAAGGCCACCAAAGUGCAGGACAUCAAAAACAACCUGAAAGAGGCCAUUGAAACCAUCGUGGCCGCCAUGAGCAACCUGGUGCCCCCUGUGGAGCUGGCCAACCCGGAGAACCAGUUCAGAGUGGAUUACAUUCUGAGCGUGAUGAACGUGCCGGACUUUGAUUUCCCUCCCGAAUUCUACGAGCAUGCCAAGGCUCUCUGGGAGGAUGAAGGGGUGCGUGCCUGCUAUGAGCGCUCCAACGAGUACCAGCUGAUAGACUGCGCCCAGUACUUCCUGGACAAGAUUGAUGUCAUCAAGCAGGAUGACUACGUGCCCAGCGACCAGGAUCUGCUUCGCUGCCGUGUCCUGACUUCUGGAAUCUUUGAGACCAAGUUCCAGGUGGACAAAGUCAACUUCCACAUGUUUGACGUGGGCGGCCAGCGUGAUGAACGCCGCAAAUGGAUCCAAUGCUUCAAUGAUGUGACUGCCAUCAUCUUCGUGGUUGCCAGCAGCAGCUACAACAUGGUCAUUCGGGAGGACAACCAGACCAACCGCCUGCAGGAGGCUCUGAACCUCUUCAAGAGCAUCUGGAACAACAGAUGGCUGCGCACCAUCUCUGUGAUUCUGUUCCUCAACAAGCAAGAUCUGCUGGCUGAGAAAGUCCUUGCUGGAAAAUCGAAGAUUGAGGACUACUUUCCAGAAUUUGCUCGCUACACUACUCCUGAGGAUGCGACUCCCGAGCCCGGAGAGGACCCACGCGUGACCCGGGCCAAGUACUUCAUUCGAGAUGAAUUUCUGAGAAUCAGCACUGCUAGUGGAGAUGGGCGCCACUACUGCUACCCUCACUUCACCUGCGCUGUGGACACCGAGAACAUCCGCCGUGUGUUCAACGACUGCCGUGACAUCAUCCAGCGCAUGCACCUCCGUCAGUAUGAGCUGCUCUAAGAAGGGAACCUCAAAAUUUAGUUAAGGCCUUAAGCACAAUUAAUUAAAAGUUAAGAUAUAAUUGUACACGCAGUUGAUCACCCACCAUAGGGCAUGAUUAACAAAGCAACCUUUCCUUUCCCUCAAGUGAUUUUGCGAAACCCCCUUUACCCUACAGCUUGCUUAAAUAUUCUAAAUUUAGAAAGCUUAAGGCGGCCUAUAGAUUAAGAUUAAGAAAAAAAGGCCACAAAUGUUCCCUUCUCUCUUUAAGUAACUAAUAGCAGCAAACAGAAAUAAAUGAAAUAAAUGAAGCAAAUGAAAUAAAUAUCGUGUUGUGCAGCAUUAAAAAAAUCAAAAUAAAAAUUAAAUGUAAGCAAA